GUUUGUUUUGCUUUUCUUUUUUAACCUUGCCAACGGGAAAUAUAUCAAUGUCAUGUGGAGAAGUUCUAUUUCGCAAUAACCUCGAACCUUCCAGAAAAGUUGUUCAACAUACAGCGCGACGGUAAAAUUAUGUGACGGAAGUGCCUUUGCAGGGGGUUUUUUAACUAAUUUUUAGCAAAUUUUAUAUUAAAACACAUAUACAUUUACCACUUUUGCGAAACUUGUCAGAAGGGAAAGACAAUCCAUUCAGACAUAAAGUGAAAUUGGAUCCUUCUCAAAUGCAUUUCUUUCCGGAAACAUGAUCAUUUUCUGAGAAUUCAGUCUUUCACGGCAGGUUCUAUUUUUAUUCAAGCGAAAUCUCGUCAGAAAUUCACACAAGGAAUGAAUUUAAAAAAUUUUAAAAUCUUCAGGAUAAACAAAGCGUUUAUGGUAAUCCAGUAAUUGCUCCCAAAAUAUAUGAUUUUAGUUGAUGCGAUUUUAAAGAAGCAGAAAAUUACAUGCCAGAUGACAAAACUAUGCAUGGGAAACUUGUCCUUUAAAAUUAACGUUUUUCAAAUCUACUUUUCCAACUACCUUACCCCUUUCAUGAACUUAAUUAAUGGUCAGAGGCUAUACUAACCAUCAAACAAUCAAUCGAGAAACAUAAAAUUUGUGUAGCUGCGUAAGUUGUUUACAAUAGCUGACACAAACUUGACAUAAGAGAGAAAUUGAAUUUUGCAAAUCUCUCACAUCACAUAAGUAUCUUGCCUUUGAGCGCUCGAAAACAGUACAAAUCAGCGCCAGGUCCCACUUUAUUUUCACCCCCGAUGGUGGUAACAAAACUCUUUUGCAGCUAUCGAAAAGCUAAAAAUUUGAUCAAAUUUUGAGUUCUGUGAGGAAAAAGCGGCGACUCAUUGUUUUGUCGCUAUGGUUACAAGUAAGAAAAACAGUGUGGCGCCUUUCCUGCACCUGUCCGCAGUAUGCUUGUUUUUGAAAACAUUGCGGGGAUCCCUUAAAGAAGCGCAUACAUCGAAGGAGUCAUUCCAUUAUGAUAUCUAGCGGCAGAAAUGUCGUCUUUAAUCAGUAAGUGCUUAUGAUGUUAAAAGGGGAAUCCUAUCCAGAGUCAAGUUGAUCAGUCUCGAUCAUAAUAGCAUACAGCGUUGAACAUGGCUAAAGAACGACAUGAAUAAAAUUUAUUGGCAAUGAGUGAUAAAACAAAACGGAUGAAGGAUGGAAAAUACAACUGAUAACUAUCGUAGAAUUCCACCGCGGAGCAAAUUUAAUGACGAAGAAUCAACUGCAGUGUUAAGGCUGAUUAUUGAGCAAGAAAGACUGCUUAAAACUCCAGCAAAUCCGGUUCUGAAUAUUAACAGUGACAAGCUGAAAAGACUCCCUCCACUGAAUGGCAAAAUGCUGGAUUCUUUGGAUCAAUUUGACCCACACAGGAGCCAGCGAAAACACAGGCCGGGGGACGACAUUGUUCUGAGCAGGCCGACGCUUUUGAAAGGAAAGGAAUGUCGUGCGCUCGAGGAACCUGCAUCACUCGGCGGCAAGCCAAAAGUUCCAGACAUAUACAGCACGCCAAAAAUCGCUCGGCCUCGAGAUCGCGAGAGGCCACGCGCGUCGUACGGACGUGUAGCUCCGAGUCGUAGCAGUAGCACGGAAACGAACCCGCGCAUCCGCUCGAGAAGCACGGGGGAAUGUAACGAGUUGAUUUUUUCGGCGACUGAGGACGCUUUGGAAAGACCGACAAAUCCAACUCCAUUAGAAAACGAAGAUGACUUUAAAAAUGAUCAAGAAUUUGCAUCCAGAACUUCAUGUAGCCAAAGCGAAUGUUAUGAUAGUGACGAAGAUAAGGUAAACGCAGAGCGAGUCUACGCUUCUUACAUCAAUUAAAAGAUGCAAAAUGCGGUUCUCUUAAUCAUGGAGCAGACACCAUGCAAACGGAAUGAUUUUAGGGUUGGUUUCACUUUGCCUCCUUUUAACCUGGUGACAAACUAUCAUGAGCAAGCGAAUAUAUUGACAUAGUGGAGGACACAGAUUCGGAUUGGAAAGUGAACUAACGCCAAGUCUGAUGUCGAAAAAAGUUCAGAAAAACCGUCUCGCUAGUACAUUUAAGAAUCAAUAUAGCCUCUAAAGCUAAACUUAAAAUAUUUCGGAAGCCAGAGAUGGCAAUACAUAAAAAAAAAGGACCAUGUCUUCAAUUAGCUAAGAUUCUUUUUCUCGAUGUGACAAGUUUUACAAACCAAACGCUCGUGAUUCAAAAAAUUGUAAUUUCUGGGUACAACCUCUAUAUCCCGCAGUUCGUAAUUAUUUUUGUUAUUUCCAAAGCAAAUAAAGUUUAUAGGAGAUAACCCAGACAGUUUCGGCUCGCUAGAGGUUACAAUUAAAAGGAGAGUCAAAUGCGGAUACUUUCGCCUGUGCCGGUAGGCAUUCUGGCGGAUAUUGAGAAAAAUAAGCUUUUUCACUUUGGUCCGCUUUAGAUGAGAUAUCACAAAUUAAUUCACAAUCACGACAAAGGUGGAACUCUGCAGGAAACAACUGCAACCUCCCCUGUCGCUGAAGAACAAUUUAAUGCCUCUCAUUAUUAUGACAACCGCGAAACAACAAAGAUUGAAAGCGAGACAGAAACUUUAAUCUGUAAGCUGGUCCAGCUCGGCGCUUCAACGCAGUCAGCGUGCGCCAUUAAAAACUUUUCUUACAU